CAUAAUUUAAAAUUAAAUAAUAUAGCUAUUUAAAAUGGAAACCAAGGCCAAAAUAUCUCCUAGCUUCAUCUGAAUGGUCUGCCAAGAUAUCUUCGAUUGCCCCUACACACUUAAAACUUGUGGGCACUCUUUUUGUGAGAAAUGAUUAAUAAAGGUCCAAAAGUUUGCGAUUUUAAAGCCAAAUUACUCUCCUGACUACUUCAGGUGUCCUCUGUGUUCUCGGAUCACUGAUAUACCUAGGGGAGACUUCAAGGAAAACCUUCCUUAUGCUGAGGAUAUCGAACUGGCCAUCAGGGAGUGGAAAGAAAAAGAAUUUAAACUUGAUGAGAAGUAUUCUAUUGCAGAUAUUUGUAAAAGCCAUCUUAAAAUUCUUGAAAAAUUCUGCCUUGAUGACAAUCAUUUCAUUUGCUGGAUGUGACAUAACUUCAAUUACUCUGAUGAGCAUAGUGGCCAUAAAGUUGUUGGGCUACCUGAAGCAUAUAAGAUUAUUAAGAAACAAUCAGUUACCAAUCUAAACCUUCUUGAGAGAAUGAAGGUUAUAGUUGAUGAAAGGAUUAAAUAUACCAAGAAAUGACGACAUAUCAUUGAUGCCGACCUCAAGAGCUCGAAAAUUUCUCUAAAUGAUUAUAUUGACAAGAUAAUAAAUGAACUUAACUCUCUUAGAGAGAGGAAAACUCAAGAACUUGAUGAGGAGCAUCUUGAAAGAGAUGCGUAUAUGUUGGAAAACAUAGAAGCCCUUGAUGCUCUUUCUGAAGAAAUUCAAUCACUUCUCAGUAAAAAUCCUGAAACUCUUCAUGGGGUGCUAAAAUAAGUACAAGUCUACCACUGGGUUCAUCAAAACUCUUACAAAUGGAAUUAUUUUUCCAAAGCCAAUUGAAGUGGACAUACAACUUGACUUUCCAAAAUAUGAUCGGAUCAAAAGAAUCAUAGCCGAAUGAGAAGCAUCUAUGACUGUUUCCUCAGUUGGACUUCCUGAAAACGUUGUAAAACUUAUUAACCCCUUGAUUGGAUCAAAGAUUAUUCCUGAAAAAUGCCAAACAGACACUAUUCUUAAUGUACUCCCUAAUUUCAAGACUGCGAAGCUUAUUUACAGACUUUCUGAUGACAAGUUCCUCGGACAACAUUUUAGAAACAAGGUAUACAAUCAAGGACCAACUCUUACCAUAAUAAGUGCUAAUAAAGGUCAUGUAUUUGGUGGCUACAGUCCAAUUCCAUGGACUGAAGGUACAGAUACAAACUGGAGAACUUCGGAUGAAAGCUUUAUAUUCACCAUUACAGAUAAUCAAGGUAGGCAGCCAGAGAAAAUACGUAUUGGAAAGAAUAAACAAUCGACAGCUCUCUUUCACUCAAGAAUCAGCUAUGCUUUUGGGAGCGGCCAUGAUUUGAGUAUAAACCUGAUAGAUCUUAAAAGAUGCGAAUCUGCAUUAUUCUCCUACGAAAUGCCGAGGUCUUCAACUACAGAUGCCAACAAAUUUUUAGCAGGAAGAAGAGAUAAAUGGGAUGUUGAAGAUCUUGAGGUAUUCCUCUUAGACAAUCCGAUUCAUCAGAACAGGUAUGAAAGCAUGAAGAAUUCCCUCCACUACAUCUCGAAAAGAGUGAUGAUAGAGGAUGGACUCCUUGAACGAGAUGAUGAGGAAGAGAGCUUCUUUCACUUCCCCCAUGAAAAAGACGAAUCAUUUAUGGAAGAAAAGAAGGAAAAUCAACAAAAGUAUGAAGAUCAGGAGAAAUUUGAAGAUGAGAUCCCUGAAGAUCAAGAUUCCAUCCUCGACCACUCUUUCUUAUACAAAGACCUUAUCAAGAGUGAGCAUUUGUUGACAAAGGAAGAAGUAGUUGAGCAUGAUCGGCAAGUCCACCAACAGAAGUCUUCUUUUCUCCAAAGAGAAUUAUAA